AAUGUGUUCAAGAGGCAUAUUUUAAUUAAAAUUCCUUCAAAUAUUUUAUUGUGAUUAUGGAGGUAGCUCAUCAAAAAUUAGACAUUUCCUACCAACUCUAAUUUAGCACCCUUUAUUAAAUCAACCUAAAAUAAACUUUCAAAUUUUUAUGAAAAAAAAUAGUCACCCAUAUUUAAAUGGAAUUUAUGUGAAUGGAUAUUAAAAAUAAAUAUCUUUAAAAGGAUUGGAAGAUGAUCAAGAAAUUUUGGAUAGAAUUGCAUUGUUAAGAAAUUCAUGUAUAAUAUAUUAAUAUUUCACAGUUGGCUCAUAAAGUGUAAGACAUGCUGGAAGAAAAGUGACAACACUUACACCAUCAAUCUAAGGUGGUUGGAAUGAGAAUUUAUUUAAGACUAAUAUAUAUCCUAGACAUUAAAUGGAGAUAUCCAGAUCAUUUCCACCAGUUGAAGUCCCAGAACCAAGGAUUGUACCAGUCGAUAAGCCAAUAGAUUUCAAUAAAAGAUAAGUAGAUCCAUACUAAUAGAUCUAAAAGCCUAGAUUGGGAGUUAAGAAAGCAACUCAUAUUUGAU